UAUUUGCUGAUUGGUAUGCAUAGAGUAUGUAUGGAAACCUUGUGUGUAUAGGAUAUGUUCCCUACUUCUAAUUGUUAAGUAGAUGGUCGUUGUCAUUGAUUCUUAUGCUUGUAUUUGACUAUUCAUCUUAUUUUCAAAGAAAAUUAUAAUUAUAAUUAUUUUUAUUUGGUUUUGUCAUUAAUAAAGAUAAUUUAGAACCACUUUUAUUUUUAUAUUUGCAUAAAAAUUAUAAUAUGAUAAAUGAUAAGUAUAUCCUAAAGCCAAUAGCGUCCCCUAUUAAAAACCGAAAGGAUUACUAUUUAUAACCCUCGUAAUCGCGCCAGAGUCAGACAGACGAUCGAUAGGAAGUAAUGCAAUCAUUUCCAUCGUUCAAGCUCAGAGAAGAAGUCGAGCAGACAGAAAUGGCAGCAUCCGAUCAGGCUCCAAGCAUGUUGGUCCCGACCGACGACGAGAUGCUGCAAACGCAGGCCGAGCUGUGGCGCCACACCCUCUCCUACCUCACCUCCAUGACUCUCCGGUGCGCCGUCCACCUCGGCAUCCCCACCGCCAUCCACCGCCACGGCGGCGCCGCCUCGCUGCCCGACCUCGUCACCGCGCUGUCCCUCCCCACGGCCAAGCUCCCCUUCCUCCGCCGCCUCAUGCGGCUGCUGGUCCACUCCGGCAUCUUCGCCUCCGACGAUGCAGGGACGACGUACCGUCUCACCCCGGUCUCCUUCUUCCUCGUGGACGGCGCCGCCGCCGCCGUGCCCGUCGUCGACGGCCACCUCAGCCAGGUGCCCCACGUGCUCGCCUCGACGUCGAGGCACUGCCUCGACACCGUGGCGGGGCUCGCCGGCUGGUUCAGGGAGGACUUCCCGGCUCCGUCGCCGCCGUCGCCGUUCGAGCACGUCCACGGCGUGACACCUCUCGAGAGCACAGCGAGGCUUGGCCCGGAGGAUGCGGCGCUGUUCCAGGAAGGCCUGAGGGUGUACGACGCCUCCGGGUUCGCCGUGGUUCUCCGGGAGUGCCGCGACGUGUUCGACGGCGUCGAGUCGCUGACCGACUGCGGCGGCGGCGACGGCACGGCGGCGAGGGCCAUCGCCGAGGCCUUCCCGCACGUCAAGUGCUGGACCUCGCCCGUGUGGUCGGCGACGUCCCGGCCGACGGUGUUGUUGAGUACGUGGCAGGUGACAUGUUCGACUUCAUCCCACCGAGUCAAGCAAGGUAAUUAAUUAAUUAAUUAACAACAUGAGUGAGUAAUUCGUAAUCCAUUUUGUAUAUAUAUCUUACACGAAAAGAAACCUGCACUAGUUCUGAAUCGGUGAAACCUUUAAUUUAAUCUGAACACAUGAAAGUUUUUAAUAUAACUUGAGGCGAACGCGUGCUUCGCACGCUGCACCAGUGGUGCCAUUUAGGAGAAUCAGUGAUUACAUAAGUUGAGGUAGGCAGUUGAAACAAUGUUCUUUGUAAG